AUGGGCUACAAUGAGGAGCUUACUGGAGCCCCACCUGGCACCGAGGUGCCUCAGGAGCUGCUGGAAGAAAUGCUUUGGGUUUUUCGCGUAGAAGAUGCAACUCCUUGGAAUAGUUCCAUGUUUGUCCUGGUGGCCGUGGUGGUCGUGAUAAGCAUUGUCUUCUUGAGAAGGAACAUCCAGGCAAACAGAAAUCGAAAGAGGCUGCCACCAGAAAAACAAACUCCAGAAGUCCUGUACUUGGCCGAGGCCAGAAACAAAGAUGACAACAACCUGACCACCCUAAGAGAGACUUUGCUCUCAGAGAAGCCAAAGGUGGCCCAGGCGGAAGUGGACGUAAAUGACAGUAAUGUGCCGCCAGUCAUUCUUCCAGACCCGUGA